AUGCAAUGUGCAGCGUAUAAUCUAACUUAUGAUUGUGAUAAUCUCGCCGAUACUUGUUUACUUAAAUAUGGUUCAAAUUCAUGUAACGAACAAUAUGAAGCUUGUAAAAAUAAUCGAACGACAAGUUGCGAUAUUCAAACAAUUGUUUUUAAAGAUUGGAAUCCUACUUUUUUUCAAUGGACUGGCGAUUUAUUUAAUUCCAUUUGUAAAACGAGUGAUGUUUUAUGUGCUGCUUGGCAUACUGUAUGCCAAAAAUCGGGAAAUGCAUGUGAAUUCAUAAGAGAUGCUUGUAAAAAAAAAGAUAUUCCUGAUAAAGUUUUAGAAUGUUUAUGGGAAAAUAAUGAGGGUUCUCCUAUUAAAAAGCAACUUGAAGAUGUAGGAAGUGAUAGUGUAGUAUUCUGUCAUGGAAAGAGUGUAAGACGUGCGCUAGGAGCAGAUUUAGAUUCAAUAUUUUCAGAUAUAAAAAAAUUUAUGGAAGAUAAUCCUAAUGAAAUCCUUAAUAUAGCAUUUGGUGAUUAUGAUGGAUCUAAUGCGACAUUUAUAGCUAAUUUCAUUCAAAACAAAUUAGAAUAUUAUUUUGUAAAUGGAACGGGAUAUUCAUUAAUGUUACAAGAAAAAAAUGGUUGGCCAAAAUUAAAAGAAAUGAUUGAAAUAAAUCAAAGAAUUGUUAUAUGGUUUGGUGAUUUAUAUUCUGAGUUAGGUUCACCGAUUAAUACACGUAAAGAUUGGAUACAUAGUAUCGAUUCCUAUUUUAUACCAAGUUAUACUUAUACGGCGGGUGAUUUAACUGCUCAACAAUUAAAUGAAAGUUUUAUUGGGUGGAGUAAUAAUGUGACGACUGUAAUAGAUGAUGAUAAAAAAAAUUAUGGAUAUAUUCGAUGGCAAGCAAUUGAUGCUACAGUUGGAUUGGGAUUAAUAGGACUAGAAGAUUCCUUAAAAAAUAACACGAAUCCUGGUAAUUUAUGUUUAAAAGAUUUAGCUAAUAAAACUAAUUAUGAAUACUUAGAUUAUUUUUUUGAUAUUUUUAAAGACAAGUUUGAUCAUAUUAUUAGAGUAACUUUAGAUUUUUAUCCUCAAAGUAAUUUAUUUGAUGUGGUUGAUAAAUUAAAUCAAUUAAAUGUACAAAAUAAUCGAACAAUUGAAUAUUAA